AUCAAACCUUCGCCCUUGACCUCAGAGGUCCAGGUAGGAUGUGAGCCCACAGUCAGCUGACUUGUGGGAAGUGAAGAGGCCGCUUCUGGUAAAGAUCAUGGAAAGUGAAAGGUGAUGUGAAACCCCCGCCUGGCCCGACCCGCCCCCCCCCCCCCCGUUCUCCACCUGAUGUCCAGAGUCCCUCAGAGACGCGUUGACAGAGCGUCCUCCUGGGUCGUCCAUCUGGAAGCUCUGUGAUGUCCGGCUGGGAUUCCUCCCCCCCCCGGGAGAACACGGGGACGGGUCAGCUCUGUGAGGGACGGACGUGUCUGAAGGACGAAGGACGGAGGCUGAAGAGGAGAGAGAAGAACCGAGUCGCUGCUCAGAAGAGUCGGAAGAGACAAACCCAGAGAGCCGACCAGCUGCACCAGGCCUGUGAACAGCUGGAGCAAAGAAACAGGAAGCUGCAGAGAGAGGUGGAUUCUCUCUCUGAGGAGCAGAACCUUCUCGCUGAAGCUCUCCGAGCUCACGAACCUUUCUGUCCCAUCAUGCACUGCGCCUUGGCGUCACCCAGCCUCCACCCUGACGGCGCUGCAGCUCCAUCCCUGUGAGAACAGCAGCACCUCUGCACCCUGCUGGAGGAUUACUGGCCGCUAGGGGGAGCUGUUCUCCUUCAUCCAUGCUGCCCCCUGCUGGCCGGAGAGGAGCAUCACAUCUCUGCUGUUUCUGUGACUGAAUGUCAUCAACAAAUAAAUGUUUUUAUACUAUUUAA